AUGCUGAGACAUGCCGCAAUGCGGCGUGUGCGCCCAUCAUCGACUUGUGCUCUGUCGCAGAAAAGCGUGAGGGGCGCAGGUCUGCCGUUGGCGAGACUGCACUUCCUGACCCCGUUCAGAACCUUCCAUGGAGGUCCUUCUCUGCGCUGGCCAGCAGCAGGCUACGCUGCCACCUCCACCGUCACCGUCGGCCAAAGGCGGUGGAGUUCCGCGAUGCCUGGUGGUUGCCUGGAGAACUACCUGCAGCUAAAGGCUUCAGGCGACAUUCAGGAAGAUCCAAGGCAGGAGGUGUGCAUGAAGAUGCUGGACGACCUGGCGAAGGACUUGAUGAGCUAUUCCCCCAAGAUGACCCGAGCUGCCAAGCCCACCGGGCCAGCGCCCAGUUCCUCAGGCGGUGGUGGCGGCUUCUUCGGAGGCCUCUUCGGAGGAAAAGCCAAGCCAGCAGCCAAGCCAGCAGCUGCGCCGAAGGUCGAGGUCUCACUUAAGCCCGCGCCCGGCCAGAGAGGCCUGUACCUUUGGGGAGGCACCGGCACUGGCAAGACCUUCAUGAUGAACAUGUUCUACGACAAGAUCAAUAUCAAGGAGAAGAAGCGGAUCCACUUCCACGAGUGGAUGAUUGAUGUGCACACAAGAUUGCACAAGAAGCAGAAGGGCAGCAGUGCGAACAGGGACAACACAGCCGACGAUUUGGUGGAACAGGUGGCAACGGACAUGAUGAGGGAGGGCUGGCUCCUUUGCUUCGACGAGUUUCAGGUGACACAUAUUAGCGAUGCUAUUAUCAUGAAGCGCAUCUUCUCGGUGCUCUUCGAGCUGGGGGCCGUCGUCGUGGCAACUUCCAACCGUCCUCCACAGGACUUGUACCUGAACGGUCUCAAUCGCCCUCUUUUCUUGCCCUUUAUACCCAUGCUUGAAGACUUUUGCAAAGUGCAUGACAUCGGCGCAGAGGUGGACUACCGGAUGACCUCCACGCGCGAUGGGGAGGAUGACAGAGUUUACAUUACACCGAAUGGACCUGCCGAACAGAAAAUCUUGGAAUAUAAGUUUGCCAAGAUAUGCCAAGGGAAGUUCCGUACCGGCGCGCAGGUGGAGGCCCAGGGGCGCAAGGUCCUUGUGCCCCGCUGUGCGGAGAUGUCCGAUGUCGCCUGGUUUGACUUUUCCGACCUGUGCAACAAGGCACUAGGCGCAGCAGACUAUCUGGCCAUCGGGCAUGCUUUCCAUACGGUCUUCUUGGCAAACGUCCCCAAACUGACCAUGCAAGAGCGCGAUCAAGUUCGACGCUUCAUCACCCUAAUCGACUCUCUUUAUGAGUGUCAUACCAAAGUGGUCUGCACAGCAGAGCUCGAUCCGAUCCCAUUGUUCUAUGUCUCUGAGGAGGAGCGAAAAACUUCAAUUGCAGAUGAGAUUUUCGCUUGGGAUCGCACGGUAAGCCGGCUCAUGGAGAUGCAAUCCACCACCUACUUGAGUGCAGCCUCCCGGUCCCUCAGCAGCGAGCAAUUCCUGGGACAGUACAAGCUCAAGAGCCUUUCAGAUGAGGACUUCAAGGACAUGUGGAGGCGCUAUGACCAAGAUGACAGCGGCCACCUGGACAUGGACGAGCUCAGGCUCUUCCUAGAAGAUCUUUUGGAGAAGCAGCAGGGACAUCGGAAUCUGUCCGACGAGUUGUUCGAGAUUUGCCGCGAUGCUAUCGAUGCAAAUUCCGAUGGCGAAGUGAGCUUUGAAGAGUUUCAGGAUUAUUUGUCUGAUUACUCCACGAUCGAGUCUGCACUCGGUGGUGGUUUGCCAGCAGCAUCUCAAUGCACUGAGGCUUUGGGAUGUGUGACAGAGGCUGUCCAGCCGGAUCCUCACAACCGGAUACCAGCUCAGGGUUUACAGUUGUUCAUUCCGCACUGUCAGUGUGCAGGGCGCCUGCUCCACUCUAUAAACCCUGAAGCCAAAACCCUACUUGGAGGGGCAGGGGACUUAAGUAGGGUUAUAAUUGGGGUAGCUCCAUUUAGGGUACUUAGAACUCUACGUAUAACCUACCUUCUAAGUCCCGUGCCCCUCCAAGUAAACCCAUGCCUAAACCCUAAACCAAGCAGUUCUGAAGCCUUUCAUGCCCGGAUUGACCCAGGCACAGUGGUACUCCAGAAGAGGCCAUGCCUGAAGAUGCCGACAGCCUCUAUCAAAGCUGGAAAAGAGGGACCCUUAAUGGGGACCCCUACCCUACAAUGGGCUAUAUAA